AGGUCAUAAGUCAUAACCUUAACGUACUUUUAUUUCGUAGUUUGAAAGUCCCUCGCAACAAAAAGAAGUAGCGUUAGCCCACACAUCUCACAACCGAACCCCCCCAAAAGCCCAAACCACCAACUAGCCGCCGCCACCACCAACACCGCCGCCAACUCAACACCAACCCAACCAUAACAACUGUUUGCUUCUCCUAGUCCAAACAGAAAUAGCAAAGCGAAGAAGAUGUACAGGGACGUGUCUAGUUGCAACACUUACAACUAUGGAGACGCCUUGUACUGGGACGCGCGAUACGUCCAGGAAGCUGAGAGCUUCGAUUGGUACCAGCAUUACUCUUCUCUUCGGCCCUUUGUUCGUCGUUAUAUCCCUACUUCCUCUCGUGUCCUCAUGGUUGGCUGUGGCAAUGCCCGUAUGUCAGAGGACAUGGUUGAGGAUGGAUACGAAAACAUAACGAACAUUGAUAUUUCGUCAGUGGCCAUUGACAUUAUGAGAAGAAAAUACGAGCAUGUCCAUCAGCUCAAUUACAUGGAAAUGGAUGCUAGAGAUAUGAGCUUCUUCCCAGACAAAUCUUUUGAUGCUGUUGUGGACAAGGGGACUCUCGAUUCGUUGAUGUGUGGCAGUGAUGCUCCUAUUAGCAGUGUCAGAAUGCUGGGGGAAGUAAGCAGGCUUCUUAAACCUGGAGGGAUUUAUAUGUUGAUAACCUAUGGUGAUCCCAAAGUAAGGAUGCCUCAUUUGACCCAGUCCAUUUACAAUUGGAAAAUCAUAUUGUACAUAAUACGAACAAUGGAAGUUUCAUGCAAGGCAUAUGCAAGUGGUAGCAUUCUUUCUGAUGUUACCAAUGAUAUUAGCUGCGUAUGGAGCACUAAAACUGAGAGCAAGUCAGCUCAAGGCUCAAUUGCAGCCAGCUAUGCCUUGCGAUCUCCUCCAAACUGAUAAUAUAAAUUUUCGGUUGGUCUAACCAUUUGUGGUUUCUUAACCUGUAUUAUUCCUGUGAUGCUAACAGGAAAAUCAACCAGUAUGCAAGUGUAGGUGCCUGUUCAUUGCGUUCCAUGGUGUAAUGAACGAAGUGAAUAGGAACUGUCUUUUGAAAUGGAAGAAGCAUUUUCCUUCUUGUUUGGGCUUUUUUCUAUUUUAUAACUUAAAAUGUUUAAUCUUUUUGAAGCAAUGCAUCAUAGUGUAAAAUCCAUACUGCAAUGACACUUGUGAUCCCCAUUCAAGUGCCAUAUGUGCACGAGGAAUGUGUUAGCAUUUUCUAUUUAUGAUCAUGUUUUAUCUA